AUGCCUAAGAUAAGCAACUUCACUGUGCAAAUAUCUACCUUUGCUCAUGUUGUUUUUGGACAACAAACUACUGAUCCUAAUGAAGUGGAUGCUCUAAACAGGUUGAUAAAUUACUGGAAUUUGAGAGACAAGUUGAAUAUUACUAAUGAUCCCUGCAUCCAGAAUGCAACAUGGGCUAAUGAAAAAGCAAAUCCUAGAGUUGCUUGUGAUUGCAGCGGCAACACCUGCCAUAUCACUCACCUGAAGAUUUAUGCUUUGGACAUUUCUGGUGAGAUACCAAGUGAACUGUUUGUCCUUAAGGAGCUGAUGGACUUGAAUCUUGGUCAAAAUCUACUAAAUGGUUCCAUCCCAGCGGAAAUCGAACAGUUAUCAAAUAUGCAAUACCUUAGCCUAGGCAUCAACAACUUCACAGGUCCAGUGCCUCCAGAACUUGGAAAUCUAACAAAGUUGAUUGUUCUGUUAAGUACUAUCAGCAAAAGUUUUAGCUCAAACAAUUUCAUUGGGUCACUACCUACAUCCCUUGGAAAGUUGACAUCCUUACAGGAGCUGUAUUUUGAUAGCAGUGGAGUCAGUGGACCGAUCCCGCAAGAACUUGCAAAUCUGAAAUCUCUUCAAAUUCUCUGGGCAUCUGAUAACCUAUUCACUGGAAAGCUUCCAGACUUCUUUGGAACUCUGACAGAACUCAGGACCCUGAGGUUUCAAGGGACAUUGCUUGAAGGCCCAAUUCCAAGCAGUUUUAGUGCUCUAAGCAAGCUGGAAGACCUGAGAAUCGGUGAUCUUAGCGGUGAGGAUUCUUCUCUUGAGUUCUUGCGAGACCAGACAAAUUUGUCUAUACUGAUCUUGAGAAACUGUCUACUGUCAAGACAAAUUCCCGACCAACUGGGAGAUUUUUCUAACUUGAAAGAACUGGAUUUGAGUUUCAACAAAUUAUCAGGUCAAAUUCCAAACUCAUUUCAAGAUUUAGCUUCAUUACAGUAUCUGUAUCUUGGAAGCAACAACUUGAGUGGGCAGCUCCCUGGAAAUAUCAUAGGUCCAAAUCUGAUUGCCAUAGAUGUCUCAUUCAAUCCCCUUUCUGGAAUUUUGCCACAAAACUUUUUGAAGGUUGGAUUAUCAAUAAAUGUUGUUGGAACUUCCAUUAAUCCAAACAAUUUACAGGACCAAGUUUUCUGGACUUUUGAGGAAUUUGUAUUGCAUAAUUCAUCUUCCAAACCCACUUCCAUUGCAGAAUCAUUUUCUGUCAAAUGUGGAGGCACAGACCAAACAUCUGCAUCUGGGGUUAGAUAUGAAGGUGAUUUUGAGUCGAUGGGAGCUGCUUCCUUAUUUACAAGCUCAGAAAAUCUUUGGGCGGUAAGCAAUACCGGGAAUUUCAUUUCGAACCCGAACGGACCCCAAUAUAGAGUAGAGACAGGUUCUCAAAUCUCAGGAACUUUGGACUCUGAGCUGUAUAAGACAGCAAGGAUUUCGCCAAGCUCACUGAGAUACUAUGGCCUUGGUUUGAAGAAUGGAAGGUACAGUGUUGAGCUUCACUUUGCAGAGAUAGGAAUGGAUGACUCUCAAUCUUGGAAAGGCCUCGGAAGGCGCUUAUUCGACAUUUACAUUCAGGGAGAGGUAGUUCUCAAGGACUUCAACAUUAAACAAGAAGCCGGUGGGUCCAAGAAAGCCUUGAUUAAAAAAUUUGACGCAAAUGUGACAAACACAAUCAUGGACAUUCACUUCUUUUGGGCUGGUAAAGGCACUUGCUGCAUUCCAUAUCAAGGCACUUAUGGUCCUUUAGUAUCAGCCAUUCAUGUUUCUCAAGUAUCUGAUGGUACUGGCUCUUCCGAAAGGGACAAGAAACGUGUAGGAAAACUUGUUGGGGUGUCAGUGGCAUGUGUAGCUGGGCUUGUGAUCAUCUCUUCUGUAUUUUAUCUAUGGUGGAUAAAGAAAGAUUCACCUAAGCACAUGAGAAUUUACACAGAUUCACCAAGGAAAUGA